GAAGGAGAUCCAAGCAGCUGCAGCGGGAGUCCGAGGACUGGGAGGAGUCGCGCGGCUGUUUGCAUUCUCGCCACUGCGCUGUUGCUCACGGAAUUCCCAGCUACCUCUCGACCCCAUCAGCAGCCGCCGCUGCGGCCACGACCACCCGGACCGCGAGGAGAAGUUCUGCUGAGUUGCAACGAUGCGUGAAUACGGUGAAAACAAGGAAACAUGUGGGACCAUCUGUCUCAAGUAUCUGCUCUUCAUCUUCAACUUCUUUUUCUGGCUGGCAGGUGGAGCCGUGAUGGCUGUGGGCAUCUGGACCCUGGCGGAGAAGAGCGAUUAUAUUAGCCUCCUGCAGUCCAACACAUACAUGGCCACAGCGUACAUCCUGGUGGUGGCAGGCGUUGUUGUCAUGAUUACCGGCAUCUUGGGCUGCUGUGCUACGUUCAGAGAGCAGCGGAACCUACUGAGAGUGUAUUUUAUAUUGCUGCUGUGCAUCUUCCUGCUUGAGAUAAUUGCUGGGAUCCUGGCCUAUGUCUAUUACCAGCAGCUGAAUACGGAGCUGAAGGAUGGCCUGAAGGACACAAUGACCAGGAAGUAUCAGAAGGAGGGAGAAGAGGGCGUGACCAGUGCGGUGGACAAACUGCAGCAGGAGUUUAAGUGCUGUGGUAGCCAUAAUUAUACAGACUGGAGUGACAGCGAUUGGAUCAAAUCUCCUCAAGGGAAAGGCAGAAAGGUCCCAGACAGUUGCUGCAAAUCAAUAACAGACAGGUGUGGUGAAAGAGACCAUCCUUCAAAUAUCUACAAAGAGGGUGGCUGCAUUACUAAACUGGAAAACUUCAUCCAAGAACACCUGAAAAUUAUUGCAGCAGUGGGGGUUGGCAUUGGUUGUGUACAGAUAUUUGGGAUGAUCUUCACUUGCUGUUUGUAUAGGAGUUUGAAAUUUGAACAUUACUAGGAGCUUCAAGGCCACCCACCUGCUCGACUCCACCACGUUCCAUCCCGUCACCCUUCCCUUUAUCUAGCAGCGCGGAAAAAUCGGCCUCGCAAGGACUUUUGCUGCUUAAUGAAAAGUAUUCUUGGACCACUCAGUGCCUCUCUGAUGGAGACAGCGGCUCUCCUCCAUAAUGCAAUGAGUGGAAGCCCAGUGCUCACCCAGUCAUUUCUUUGUGGUCCAAAAUAAUGGAGUUGUAGAAUUCUGUCUGCUAAAAACUUUUACAAGCCAGGCCCAGAAUGCAAACUG